AUGAACAGCAGCAACGGCAGACCGAACGGGGAGAACAGGGGACGAAAUGGCCACGUGCUUGUGUGGGAGCAGCCCGGCCUGGAGGAAGAGGACAGACCUAACGGGAAAACGUUGGUGGGUUCGCGUCACGUGGUAACUCUGAUGCUGUUCCUCGGCAUGGCGAACGCCUACGUGAUGAGAACGAACAUGUCGGUGGCGAUCGUCGCGAUGAUCAAUCACACAGCCAUCGCUAGCACCGAGGACGACGAUAAGAAGGUCGUGCCGAGCAAGUGCAGCAGCGGCAACGACACGAGCGAACACGCCGAGAGCAGCAGCGACGGUGAAUUCGUGUGGGACAGCACGAUGCAGGGCUAUCUGCUCAGCUCGUUCUUCUACGGCUACGUCAUCACGCAGAUACCGUUCGGAAUAUUGGCGAAGCGUUACGGGUCCAAGUACUUCCUCGGCGUCGGUAUGCUGAUCAACUCGUUGUUCGGGCUGUUGGUGCCGGUGUCGGCUCACUUUGGCUACUACUACCUCAUGAGCGUCCGAUUCAUUCAAGGCCUCGGCGAGGCGCGCAGUUUGGAACCGUCAUUUCGAUGCCACUGAGCGGUGUCCUGUCCGAGUACGGCUUCGCCGGUGGCUGGCCCUCCAUUUUUUACGUAUUCGGCGCGGUCGGCACCAUCUGGUGUAUCGCUUUCCUGCUGAUGGUCUAUGAGGAUCCGGAGAGUCAUCCCCGCAUAGCCGAGGACGAGAAAAAGUACAUUCUGAGCGCGCUGUGGGGCAACGCCGGUGUCUCUUCUCCACCAGUGCCGUGGCUGUCAAUCCUCAGGUCGUUACCGUUCUGGGCUAUCCUGAUAGCGCACAUGGGCCAAAACUACGGAUACGAGACGUUGAUGACCCUGCUGCCCACCUUCAUGAAGCAAAUCUUACACUUUGACAUCAAAUCGAACGGCAUCGUUUCCUCCCUACCCUACCUGGCCAUGUGGAUAUUCUCGAUGGUGGUGUCGCACGUGGCCGACUGGAUGAUCUCCAGCGGCAAGUUCACUCACGGCUACACGCGGAAGAUGGUGAACAGCAUCGGUCAAUUGGGCCCGGCGAUCGCCCUGAUCGCCGCCUCCUACAUCGAGUGCAACUCCUUGCUCACCGUCGCCAUUCUUACGAUCGGCGUCGGUUUGAACGGCGGCAUCUACUCCGGAUUCAAAGUGAACCAUCUGGACAUUUCGCCGAGAUUCGCCGGCGUUCUCAUGUCCUUCACCAACUGCUUGGCCAAUCUGGCCGGCCUGCUGGCACCCAUCACCGCUGGAUACAUCAUCGUCGGAUCGCCGACUCAAGCGAAAUGGAGAAUCGUGUUCUUGAUCUCGGCCGGCGUGUAUACAGCGUGCUCCUUGUUCUACGCUGUGUUCAGCUCCGGGCAACGACAGACGUGGGACAAUCCGGACAGGGACGAGGAGAAGGGCGAGAAACACGGCUUGCAGACCGUGAAGACUAUCGCGGAGACGCAACACUGACGCCAGCCAGCGUGUUAGUUGUCUCUGUCUACCUCUCUCACCACGUAUUAUUCGUACUGUAUAGUCUUCGUUUCUCGUUUCUCGUUUCUCGUUUCUCGUUCCUACCGUACGUACUUCCUCUCCACCGUUCUUCAACGCGACGCAGUUCGAUUGCCUUCCCCCCUGCCUUUCCACGUCAUCCUCCGUCAACUCGAGCCUCAAGCAGGAAGAAACGAACGCGCGUGUCGAUCAAGAGAGAGAGAGAGAAAAAAAGAAUAGAAAAGAACAGAAAAGGACAGUCGAGAAAACCGCGUUUGUGAUUUACCAAGAGCCACGACGGAUUGCCUGGACGAUUAAUUCUCCUUCUUCCGGUGCGCGAGGAGCCGUACCGUACCAUACAUUCGCUGUUUAUUCUUCGCUCGUGUGCCAAGAGUUAAAUCGCACGCAAAUAUUUGUACAGCAAGUAAGUCAAAUCGGACGUCACGUUUCUAUAUCAACUACAUGAGGUAAAGUACGAACGUACUACACGUGUGUGCCUGGGUUUGUACUUUUAAAUACGUUAAAUACGUUAAAUGCGUGAAUGCGU